UGUCGCGUGCGGUCUGGUGUUUACUCUCUUACUUGAACCCAAGACGAGACUACUGUCACCAUGUCUAAACCACUGUCAGACCACGACAGGAAAAAGCAGAUUUCUGUGAAGGGGCUCGCCGGUGUGGAGAAUGUGGCAGACCUAAAGAAAAACUAUAAUCGCCAUCUGCAUUUCACGCUGGUGAAGGACAGGAACGUAUCCACCAAACGGGAUUAUUACUUUGCGCUCGCGCACACAGUCAGAGACCACUUGGUAGGCAGAUGGAUCAGAACACAGCAGAGUUAUUACGAGAAAGACCCCAAACGUGUUUACUACCUCUCCCUGGAGUUCUACAUGGGCCGUACCUUGCAGAACACUAUGGUGAACCUGGCACUGGAGAACGCUUGUGAUGAAGCCAUGUAUCAGCUGGGUCUGGAUAUGGAGGAGCUGCAGGAGAUGGAGGAAGAUGCUGGACUGGGAAAUGGAGGCCUUGGUCGUCUUGCUGCUUGCUUCCUGGACUCUAUGGCUUCUCUUGGCCUGGCUGCCUACGGUUAUGGCAUCCGCUAUGAGUUUGGUAUCUUCAACCAGAAAAUCUCCAGUGGCUGGCAGGUGGAAGAGGCAGAUGACUGGCUCCGCUAUGGUAACCCAUGGGAGAAAGCACGUCCAGAAUAUAUGCGCCCUGUGCACUUUUAUGGUAGGACAGAGCAUCACCCAGAUGGAGUGAAAUGGGUGGAUACUCAGGUUGUCUUAGCUUUGCCUUAUGACACCCCUGUACCCGGAUACAGAAACAACAUUGUAAACACCAUGAGGCUGUGGUCUGCCAAGGCCCCUUGCGAGUUCAACCUGAAAGACUUUAAUGUCGGUGGCUACAUUCAGGCCGUGCUGGACAGGAACCUGGCAGAGAACAUCUCUCGUGUGCUCUACCCCAAUGACAACUUUUUUGAGGGUAAGGAGCUCAGAUUGAAGCAGGAGUACUUUGUAGUGGCUGCGACUCUCCAAGACAUCAUCCGCCGCUUCAAGGCCUCCAAGUUCGGCUCCAGGGAUAUCGUGCGCACAGACUUCAGCACUCUGCCUGACAAGGUGGCCAUUCAGCUGAACGACACUCACCCUGCAUUAGCUAUCCCGGAGCUGAUGAGAGUGCUGGUUGACGAAGAGAAACUACCAUGGGACAAGGCAUGGGACAUCUGUAUCAAGACCUGCGCCUACACCAAUCACACUGUGCUGCCUGAGGCUCUGGAACGCUGGCCUAUCGACCUCUUCCAGACCCUGCUGCCACGGCACCUCGAGAUCAUCUACGAAAUAAAUCGCCGCCAUGUGGAGCGCGUGUCCUCUCUUUACCCCGGUGAUAUGGACCGCUUGCGCCGCAUGUCUCUCAUUGAGGAGGGCGGACAGAAGAGAGUCAACAUGGCUCAUCUGUGCAUCGUCGGCUCUCAUGCAGUCAACGGUGUGGCACGAAUCCACUCGGACAUCCUCAAAGCUACCGUAUUCAAAGACUUCUAUGAGAUGGACCCACACAAGUUCCAGAACAAAACCAAUGGUAUCACCCCUCGCCGUUGGUUGGUGAUGUGCAACCCUGGUCUGGCUGAGGUCAUUGCAGAGAGAAUCGGAGAGGACUUCAUCCGCGACCUGGAUCAACUGAAAAAGCUUCGUGAUUUUGUCAAUGAUGAGGCUUUUAUUCGAGAUGUCGCCAAAGUUAAACAGGAGAACAAGAUGAAGUUCGCUGUGCACCUGGAAGAGCACUACAAAGUAAAGAUCAACCCCAACUCAAUGUUUGACAUUCAGGUGAAGAGAAUCCAUGAGUAUAAGAGGCAGCUGCUCAACUGUCUGCACAUUAUCACUUUCUACAACCGCAUCAAGAAAGAGCCUAACAAGCAGUGGACCCCAAGAACAAUUAUGAUUGGAGGAAAGGCUGCUCCAGGCUACCACACAGCUAAAAUGAUCAUUCGUCUCAUCACAGCUAUUGGUGAGGUGGUCAACAAUGACCCUGUAGUGGGCGACCGCCUCAAAGUCAUUUUCCUGGAGAACUACAGAGUCACUCUUGCUGAAAAAGCGAUCCCUGCGGCUGACCUGUCCGAGCAGAUCUCCACAGCCGGCACUGAAGCUUCUGGAACAGGCAACAUGAAGUUCAUGCUGAACGGAGCUCUGACCAUCGGCACCAUGGAUGGAGCCAAUGUGGAGAUGGCAGAGGAAGCAGGAGAAGACAACUUCUUCAUCUUUGGCAUGAGAGUGGAGGACGUAGACACUAUGGAUGCUAAAGGAUACAACGCAUCCGAGUACUACAAUCAUAUGCCAGAGCUGAAGCAGGCCAUUGACCAGAUCGCAGGAGGCUUCUUCAGCCCAAAACAGCCAGACCUCUUCAAGGAUAUUGUCAACAUGCUGAUGCACCACGAUAGGUAGAGAAACAAGAACAAGA